GAAAGCGUCUGAGACAGCGGCGGCUCUCGGGGCUGAGACCGGAAGCCCCUCCCGACUGGCCCGCAGCCAGUCAGCGCUAGGCCUGUUCGAACGUGACCUUGUUUUGGCGUUGCUAGGAGACCCGGCUCCCGCACGCCCCCCACUGGCUGGCUAGCGCUGGAAGGGGGCGGGGCCGUGGCAGGCGCCGGUAGCGGUCGGCCGAGCACCGUUAGGGCAGCCCCGAGCCCGGCGCCCGGCCAGACCCUUGGAAGAGGUGUCUCGUCCCCUGCCACCGCCCAGGCCUCGCUGGCGCCCUCCCGCUGGUAUCAGCGCGCUCCCGAGCGGCAGUGAGCCACGUUUGGGUCCGGACCAGGGAAGGACGUUAGUCAGCAGUCUGGUAGCUGGAUCCCCUAGGAAGAGAAGUUCUUAAGCAGUAAGAAGAAAGCCCUUCAAUUUGGAACACUUUGCAGCUGGAAAUGGGGAAUGGGCUGUCAGACCAGACUUCUAUCCUGUCCAGCCUGCCUUCAUUUCAGUCCUUCCACAUUGUCAUUCUGGGUUUGGACUCUGCUGGAAAGACAACUGUGUUAUACAGGCUGCAGUUCAAUGAAUUUGUAAAUACCGUACCUACCAAAGGAUUUAACACGGAAAAAAUUAAGGUAACGCUGGGAAAUUCUAAAACAGUCACUUUUCACUUCUGGGAUGUAGGUGGUCAGGAGAAAUUAAGGCCAUUGUGGAAGUCAUAUACCAGAUGCACAGAUGGCAUUGUGUUUGUUGUGGACUCUGUUGAUGUUGAAAGGAUGGAAGAAGCCAAAACUGAACUUCAUAAAAUAACUAGGAUAUCAGAAAAUCAAGGAGUCCCUGUGCUUAUAGUUGCUAACAAACAAGACCUGAGGAACUCGUUGUCUCUCUCAGAAAUUGAGAAAUUGUUAGCAAUGGGUGAACUGAGCUCAUCAACUCCCUGGCAUUUGCAGCCCACCUGUGCAAUCAUAGGCGAUGGACUGAAGGAAGGACUUGAGAAACUACAUGAUAUGAUAAUUAAAAGAAGAAAAAUGUUGCGGCAGCAGAAAAAGAAAAGAUGAAUAGUGAUAACCUUUUAGAUCUGUGUGGAGUAGGUUUUCUGUGGUCUGAUUUUGACAAAUGGAAGAGUGUCUACAGCCUGGUUUGCCUGCCUGCCCUCCUGGAUGCUGUUAAAGCUUUGUUUUGUUGAACAAUCAGAUGUCCAACUCUGUUGCCUUGUGGAAGAUGAGUAAAUGCAGUGCUUCUUAAAAUGGCCUCUUCUCCCUACCCCACAAAUCUUUUGGUACUACCAUUUUGGGAAGCCAAGCAAAGAUAGAAAAUUGACCAGAAAACAGCUGUGGAAAUUUGACCUGAAGUUACUGAAAUAAAACUUUGAAGAGUGUCUGCCUAGUGUUUUGUGCUUACAUCUUUUGGGGGGAAGCCUUUGCAAAGAAAUUGCAUGCAAGGCUUUGUAUGUUAUGCUAAUGAAUGGAAAUGUUAAGGUAGAUUAAUAUAUACAGUCAUACUGGUCACGUUGGUCCAACCAGUAAGGGACAAGGAGGCAGUGCUUGGUUUUUUAAGUUUGGCUGAAUGAAUUUUGACAUUUUCUGGAAUCAAAUACUGUAAUGCUAUAUCUUAAUUCUAGAUGAUGUUUAAGUUGGUCUAACUUAAAGUUUAAAAAGAGGUAUUUGGGGCAUAUUCAAGUGCAUGGAUUAGUUUUUCUGACAAAGCAUGUUUUGGUGUAUAGUCUUUUACUUUCUAGAGAUAGCUAUGCAUCUUUUUACAUGGUCAGGUUGAAAACACCUUUUUGGGGAUUUAGGGCUGUUUUAGAAAUAGUUUGUUGUCAGAGUCACUUUCAGUUAAAGAACCUAAAAUAAUUUACUUAACUCUUUUACAUAGUAGAUUUGGGCAUGUAGACUAAUCUUAAAUGCAUAUGCUUUGACAAAUGUAUGGAUUUAUGAAGAAAGCAAUUGAUGAAUUCAGUCAAGAGGGUGUAAUUACAAUACAUGGUCUCUAAAGUAUUCCAGUUGUAAAAUAUUUGUUUUAUUAUAUUUGCUGGCUGAACAUAGAUGUGUUUUUUCAUAUAUUUUUGUAGUGUUUUGAGAGAAGCAGAAGCUUUAUAACCAACACCUAAUGCACUGUGCAGUGAAAAUGUAAGAGAGGUUCUUAUGUGCUCUGAGCUUUAAUUUUUUGUUUACAAACCGAACAGUGUUAUGCAGGCAGUCUAGUCCUGAUUAUAAGGUAGGAAGAAAUGAUACAGUACUGCAGAUAAGAAUUACGAUUAUAGAAAAUGAAGGAGAAAGUAGCAAAGCUAUGUUUUGUGAAAAUUCACUGGUACUGUUUACUUUGGAAUCCAAAAAAAACCCUCUAAAUUAAAAGGAGGAAAAACCUUUACCUAAUUCUUAUGUACAGGUAAAGACUUGCUUCCUGUGAUCAUAUAUAGCAAAUCAACAUGAUUUCCAUGUGUUAAAGCCAACAUCUGUUUGUUUUGAAGAUAACCAAAAGAAAUGCACUUUGCUAGCAGGGUUUGGUUUGGGGUUUUUUUGUUUUUUUUAAAUGGAGUUUUUGGAAACUUGGUUCAUGUUCACACAAAAUGAAGUAGCUUCCUGUGGAGCCUUCACAUGUUAAAUGUACCUGCACUAGUGACAGUCAUUUAGAAUGUUUAUAUUCAUGGAAAUGUGGAUAACUACCAAUAAACUACUUGAGGCCCUA